AAUAUAAAAAAAACUCAUCCACAGAGAUAAACCUCUUUUUAGAACCACCUUUUAAAAUGGAAGAGGCGCAGGAGCGGAAAACCAUGAUCCAGGAAAAGAGAAAAUUAAUGGGAGACAAGAGGAUGAGCAUGGGAAUGAAGUCAUUCUACGCUUCUUUUAUUGGGAGCAUUUUUCGAAUGAGCGACGAGCCGCGAAACUCGUUUUCAACCAUGUUCAAGCGGCACAAGGCUGAUAGCAAAUAUGUGGAUGUUAAUUUUCAUGCUGAAGCCGAUGAGGAGUUCGUGCCUAUUUAUCACACUGUAUUCGAUGACGACAGGGACCCCGUGCUUGAGCCCACUUUCGCAAAACACCGCAUACCCCUGCAAAUUCGAUGUCUGGAACGUUAUCACAAUUCUAAACUUGGCUACGCCCAGCAGUUCAAGCGGGAAAUACAACUCUUGAUUGACAAUCAGCCGACGGCCGAGGACGCCUGGCAAUUCGUAAGGACCAUGGCUUAUACCACACUUUGGCCGCCGCUUCACACGAGAAAAGAGCUCAAGAUUUUUGAAAAGGACUUUUGCAAACUGUCUCCUGCUGAACAGAAUCGCUACAACAAAAUAAUGGCGACAAAUUUUACUUAAGUGCUCGAAUGUCAAAUAUCUUAUCUAAGUAAGAGAAGGAAAAUUGCCAAUUAAAUUUAUAAAUGUCUUAAAAUUUUUAAUAAAAAUUGUAAACCAUU